UGGCGAAUGCUGAUUACAAGUGUCAAUUUAUUUCCUUAUAGAAACGUGUGUGGGGGAUUAAAUCGUGGCAGGAAUACGCCGGAAACUAUCUAGGUUGUUAGAUACCAACCGAAAGACAAUGUCGGAAGAAAGAGAUGCCCUCAGUUUGACCGAUGAUGAGGAAAAUGAGGAGGAGGAUGAGGACGAGGAUGCCCUCCCUGAACUUGCUGGCACACUGAGCAAGUGGACAAACUACAUCCACGGCUGGCAGGACAGAUAUAUUGUGCUUAAAACAGGCACUCUUAGUUAUUACAAAUCAGAGACUGAAACAGCUUUUGGUUGUAGGGGUGCAAUAAGCCUGACAAAGGCUGCUUUAACGGCACACCAGUUUGAUGAGUGCCGGUUCGACGUGAGUGUGAAUGACUGUUUGUGGUAUUUACGUGCUUCAAAUGAAGAGGAGAGGCAACGAUGGCUCGACGCUCUCGACCUUCACAAGGCAGCAGAGUCUGGGUAUGGGAGCGAGAACAGCCUUCGAAGACAAAGCUCAAUGCUGUCGCUUACAUCAACUGCCAGCCUUUCAACGGCUUCAACAUCAUCACUCAAGAGGGGGCGAGGGUUGAGGGAGAAACUACUAGAGAUGGAGACGUUCCGUGACAUUUUAUGCCGCCAGGUGGACACUUUACAGAGCUACUUUGACGCGUGCGCAGAGGCAAUGUCAAGGCCGUCAGUCCACGACAUGGACCAUGAUGAUAUUGACGAUGUGGAUGACUUUGAUGUGCCACAAGUCAACUCCUCGUCCAACUCCAGUCAGUCCAGUAGUACAAAUCUGACCAGCAGCGAUAGCAAGGAUAGACUCGACAACAAGCAAGAUAACCACAAAGUAGACAACCACAACCAUUCUGUGCAUAAGGAUAUUAACACAAUAUUCCAGUCACACGGUGCCCAUGCCAUUGAUUUCAAAGGCGAAGCAUUUACGUUCAAAGCCACAACUGCUGGUAUCCUGGCAACAUUAGGACACUGUAUAGAACUCAUGAACCAAAGGGAGGAUGCCUGGAGAAAGAAACUAGAAAGGGAAAUUGAGAAGAAGAAGCGAUAUGAAGAGGCAUACAAACAAAUUGUUACAACCAAAUCUAAACCAAUCGUUGUGGGUGGACCAGACUUUGAGGAAGGCCCACACUGCGCCAUAAAUGAAGAUGAAUUCUUUGAUGCCGUAGAUGCAGCCUUAGACAAAUUAGAAAAGGAAGAAUUUUUAGAAGAACAAAGGAAAAUCCUCCAUCAGCAAUCAACUAUAAGUAAACCUCCCCUGACGUCGUUGUCACCAAAGCAUAAACUCUAUAACGAGGUGAACGAUAUUGUUGAGGAACAUUUAAAGUUUGCCGACCUCGAUCUUCAGAGUUUGGAGGGGGAGGACAGUGUCUGGUUUAUGAUUGCCGAGGAUGGCGAUAUGAAGGUUUACAAACGUGAGCAAGAGGAGGACGGGAUGGUGGUCGACCCACUCAAAGCAUGCCACACAGUCAAGGGUGUGACUGGUCGGGAAUUAUGUACUUAUUUUUGGGACUUUGAUACUAGGAUGGAAUGGGAAACUACAAUAGAAAGCACCAAAGUCAUAGACUGGGCAUCAGAGGACACUUUGAUUUCGUACCAGUUACAUAAACGUGUCUGGCCGACCGCCCAGCGAGAGUCGUUGUUCUGGUCGCAUAUACGGCACUGUACUAGUGAUAAAGAUGAAGGGCCGGAUUUGUGGAUCGUAGUGAACUAUUCAACUGCACAUGAAGAUGCACCGGUGAACUCUAAAGCUGUUCGUAUCACACUGAAUAUCGCCAUGCUCUGUCAGACAAUCAUUAACCCGCCAAAGGACGGCAAGGAGAUCACCAGAGAUGACAUCACGUGUAAGAUGGAAUAUACAGCUAACGUGAACCCAGGAGGUUGGGCGCCAGUGUCCGUGUUAAGAGCCGUCUACAAGAGAGAAUACCCACGAUUCUUGAAGAAGUUCACUCAGUACGUCAAGGAUAAAACCAAGAACAAACCAAUUCUUUUCUAAGGCUACUGCGAGGACAGUACACAUCUGGUUAGGUUAUCAGAAAUUGGAUUGGUUGAGCAUGGGAUCCGGUCAUGGUCGGCUGAAGCUUAUGAUAGGAAUAGGAGUGUAAACAAGGGGUACUGGUCAAGGUCGUACUAACAGUGGUGUGACCCAACUUUUGUUGAAGCAAAAACUUGGUGUGUUUCUGUUAUAAAGGAAGUCAUUGAUUGACACAUCUUUGUCCGAGCAAAGUUUUGCAAUUUUUAUGAGGUGGAUAUGAAUGCUUAAAUUAAGGAUCUAAAUCGACCUUAUUUAAAUUUAGAUUUGAUAAACACAAAAAAAAUUAUGUUGAAAAGUCACCCUUGGGCCAAGAAAUUUUUUUGUGACAUUGGGGAAUGAGCGCAGGGGAGGUUUCUGCGAUGAACAUCAGCAGGAGUCUGGGGGUACACUAUGACCUCGGAGCCAGGUGCCUAAACCAACAGGUUGUAACAGCAGCCAGGUCAGAAUAUAGUAUAUUGGGAAUGAGGCUGAACAUCACCAUAUAUUGCAUACUCUGUAUAAUACCUUUUUUAUGAGGCAUGAAUAUAAUGUAUAAAAGAUAAUCUCAAAAUUUUGAGAUGAUCUCCAAGCUUAAUGAGCUUUGUUACUCAGAAGAAGGAUGUCUAAUACGUUUUACUGCAAAGUCUAUGAUUUAUUUUGUCAUCAUGUUUUUGUUUUCGAUUUGACCUGUUUCCAUCUAUUCAUGAACAUCGUAACUUGGAUUGUUAAUGAUAAUUUUCCCUUAAAACUAGUUCAAUAACGAUAAAUUUCUAUCGAGUUCGAGUCUUGAAGUGUAACAUUUUUAGCUCACCUCUUAGCAGAGGUGAGCUUAUCCCAUACCGUGGCGUCCGUCGUCCGUCGUCGUCGUCGUCGUCGUCGUCGUCGUCGUCGUCGUCGUCCGUCGUCGUCCGUCGUCCGUUAGCAGGGCACGUUUCGUAACUGUUAGAGCUAUUGAGUUGAAACUUGGUACACAUGUACCCUUAUGUAAUGACACCUUGGAGACCAAGUUUCGGUCCGAUUCGUUUCAUGGUUUGGCCACCAGGGGGCCAAACGUUAAAAGUGAAAAUAUGCAAUAUCUCCCUUAAUAGUAGUCGGGAAAUUUUGAAAAAAAUAUGGUAGGUACUUCUAGCAAAGGUGCAUCAUAUAUCCUCCGGGUUUUUGA